CUAAAGUGUCAAAACGACGUCAUAUCGCAGCAAAGCUUCAUGCAGAGCAAAACCCUUUAGCUUAGCAGAGGCGUUAAGAGUUUUGAAGGAAGACGAAAAUGGGGAAAUCAAAGAGGACGAAAAUGGGGAAAUCAAAGAAAAAGGAUCUAAAUCAAUCUCUGAUUACUCAUCCUAGCAACAUCGUCGAUACUCUCCAGUUGUAUCCAAAUGCGUCUCCUACAGUAGAAAAAGUUCACUGGGACUAUGUUCUUCACAUUUCUGAUUACCUCUCUACACAAGCCACCAAAGUGAGAAUGCUAUGGACUGGAGAAUCUCCAAAAGCUGAAUCACUUACGGAGACAAUGGAGUCUUACUUCAAUGCUCUUCAAGGGUUUUUGCUCUGUUUCCAUGGAAGCACUCUUGGUGCUGGACCUACUUUGUCUUCAAUCAUACACGGUUCUGUUAAGAAAAUCGUUGAUUCCAGCUUCAGAUUGUUUCAGGGUUCUGUCUCCCUUUACGAAGGAUCAUAUGAAAAGGGCGAAAAGCCGUCUAUUCCGCAGCUUUCAGGAGCAGUUUUGGAGGCAUGCUUUAGUUUCAAGAAGGUUCCUACAACAAACCUCGUCGCGAUUGGCAGUGCUAUUUCGCAGGUUUCGGUUUCCAUGAAGGAUGUUCUUAAUGAGAUGAAUAAAGUGAAGCCAGCUUGUCCUUCACGUGAGUGUGAAGCAUCUGGUGAUGAUUUUUCUCCUGAACAAAUAGAAGUUGCUAAAAUGGUUGCUGACAUUGCGUCUGAGGCGAUGAUGGUGAUAAUAGUCAUUCGAGUAAUCACCAGGACAAUGGAGGAGGAACAUCCAAAGGAGAAUAGCGGGUUUGUGGACUCGCUAGAGAAGCUACUUAAGUUGUGUCAAAGAAAUGGAGUACUGAUAGAAGAGCUUGGAACUUUCGUUUAUCAUCCACCGCUGAAGAUAGACAAGAUGAUUCAAACGGUGAAGAUACUAGAGGGAAAUCUCGAUGAAGUUGAGGCUCAAGUUAAGCAUAUGAAGAGGUCUUCCAACGCUUUUCCGGGAGUUUGCAGAAAGCUGCGAGACGCGAUCAAACUCAUGGAAGUUGAAUUGGAAAAAAGAAAGCAUCUGAAUCAAAUUCUGGUUUCUCAUCAAAACACUAUCUACAAUACUCUUCAGUUGUUCGAUCCAACAGCGUCUCCUACAGAGGAAAAAGUUAACUGGAACGAUGUUCUUAAAUGUCUAAUCAACUCCCUAAACAAGCAUCCAUAGAUUGAUGAUCCGUUUCACAGUACCAAUAUUUUCUCUGCAUUGCAAUGCUAUUACUCUCUUUUAAAUGUCCAGUUUCCUCUGCAUUUACAGGAGAAACAUAAUGUCUCUAAUAGAUUAAAGACUGCUUC